AUGGCUACAUACACUGUAACCUUCCUGUGUGCCUUUUUCCUCUUUGCUGCUCUUCAGGUGCCUUGCGGUGCCAUCUUUGGUUGGUUUGGAGGGGAUGAGAAACCACCCAGCCGGCCCUCUUCCUCUUCCUCUGAUGCAGAUGAGAUUGUUAACAAACAUAAUGAGCUGAGGAGAAGUGUUCAGCCUACUGCUAGCAACAUGCUGAAAAUGUCCUGGAGCAGUGAGGCUGCAGCCAAUGCUCAAAGAUGGGCCAAGACCUGCUCCAUGAAUCACAGCCCUAAAAGCUCUAGAAGGAUCAGCACUAGUGGCUGUGGUGAGAACCUGUACAUGUCCAGCUGGAAGAACAGCUGGAGCAACGCCAUCCAGGCCUGGUAUGACGAGGUGAAGGACUGGCGCUACGGAGUUGGAUCUGUGAACGGAGGAGUGGUUGGACACUACACACAGGUGGUUUGGUACAGGUCUAACAAGAUUGGCUGUGCCAUGGCCUACUGUCCCAACUCCCAGUACAAGUACUUCUACGUCUGCCAGUACUGCCCACCUGGAAACUACCAGUUGGCUCGCCCCUACAAGGCAGGACCCACCUGUGGAGACUGCCCCGACGCUUGCGAAGACAAACUGUGCACCAACCCCUGUCCUCACACCGACAAGUACUCUAACUGUCCAGAGCUGAAGGAGGAGUGGGGCUGCAGCAACUCAGAUGUGGCCUCUUGGUGUCCCGCCUCCUGCAAGUGCACCUCUGAGAUUAUUUAAAUGUCUGUCCACACAGGCUCUGACUCAUCAGUCAAUUUCAAUAAAGAUCUGCAUCAUAUAAGAUUUGGGUUCAUUCUGUGUAUCUUCUUACUCACCACCUCCCAAAAUAUGACC